UUUUUUCUUCUCCAUAUGAACGGGCAUUGCAAACAGCUUUACUUCUUUUAGGGGAAAGCCACAAAAAUUUUGAUUCUAAAGGGAAUUUGGAGAAUGAAUUGAAAAUAAAGGUAGAACCUGGAUUUAUAGAGAACAUGAUUGAUUGUGUCAAUAAACCUAUUGGUUAUGAGGAUAUUGAAGAAUUGGCAAAGCAUCAUUCUCGCUUAGAUACUGCAUAUGACGAAGGCCGAAGAUCAGACAUAGGUUGUAAUAAUCGUCUUGAAUAUGUGUUAAAUCAACUUCUCUAUAAUGAUGAAAAACAAUGUUUAAAAGAUCUAUUCUUCGAUAAAAGUUUGGUCGAUCAAGACAAAGAAGGCAAGGAUUAUAAUGAAUGGAUCCAGCCAGGAGAGGAAACCGCAGAGCAAAUUGUAAUUGUUGCGCAUGGAUUGAUGAUUAAUGCCUUUCAUAAUCAAAUUUCAGGGAUGUUUACAUAUGCAGCUCAGACUUCGAUCGUUAAAAUUGUUGAAUUGGAUCCAUCAAGGUAA